GCCAAGGAGGGAGUGAGGCUUCCAUUACACCAUGUGUUGAUUGCCACGAACCAUCAGAUGAAUUCCCAACACCUGCAUGGCUCCGGUAAACAUGACCCAAGUCACUGAGUUCAUCCUCAUAGGGGUCUCCAAUCGUCCCGAGCUGCAAGUUCCCCUCUUCCUCACCUUCCUGGUCAUCUAUGGGCUGACCACGGCAGGGAACCUGGGCAUCAUCACCCUCACCAGCGUGGACUCCCGGCUGCAAACCCCCAUGUACUUCUUCCUCCGGCACCUGGCUGUCAUCAACUUUGGCAACUCCACCGUCAUCGCCCCUAAAAUGCUGAGCAACUUCUUGGCAAGUAAGAAAACCAUCUCGUACUAUGCGUGCGCCACCCAGCUGGCAGGAUUCCUACUGUUCAUCGUGGCUGAGAUCUUCAUGCUGGCCGUGAUGGCCUAUGACCGCUACGUGGCCAUCUGCAACCCCCUGCUCUACCUGGCGGUGGUGUCGCGGCGGGUCUGCCUGCUGCUGGUGUCCCUCACCUACCUCUAUGGCCUUUUCACAGCUGUUCUGGUUUCAUCUUGUGUGUUCUCUGUGUCUUAUUGCUCUUUCAAUGUCAUCAACCACUUCUACUGUGAUAAUGUCCCUUUGCUAGCAUUGUCCUGCUCUGAUACUUACUUUCCAGAGACUGUGGUCUUCGUAUCUGCAGCAACAAAUUUGUUUUUCUCCAUAACUAUAGUGCUGCUGUCCUACUUCAACAUCGUUCUGUCUAUUCUAAGGAUCCGGUCAUCAGAAGGGCGGAAGAAAGCCUUUUCCACAUGUGGGUCCCAUAUGAUGGCUGUCACCGUUUUCUAUGGGACGCUGCUCUUCAUGUAUCUACAGCCCAGGACGAACCACUCCUUGGACACUGAUAAACUGGCUUCUGUGUUUUAUACCCUGGUGAUCCCCAUGCUGAACCCCAUGAUCUACAGCCUGCGGAACAAGGACGUGAAGGCUGCCUUCCAGAGCUGCGUGACCAACCUACGCGGAUCCUGGAAGGGCGUGUAA